AUGAGCAAGAUACCUGAUGCGUGGGAGGACGAAUGGUCCGCAGCUGCCGACGACAGCAAGCUCGCUCCUGCCGAGUCCGCAGAACCAAGGAAAGUCUCGUCCAAGGUGACAAAGGCGCAGCGAAGGGCGCAGCAGGCUGAGUUCAAUCGUCAACUGUGGGCCGAGGCUGAGGGUCCGAAAGAGGCCAAUUACUUUCUCGAGUCUCGCAAUGUCGUCCCCCUCCGGUCCGAGUACAAGGCACCGCCAGUCCUCUUGUCGAGAAAAGGUCCAACGAUCCAAUCCCGGUCACCACGCCCACCUACAGCCGGCAUUCAGGACUUGAGCCUGAGCAAUGACAAAACCACUCCUGGCCAAGAGUCCUCUGAGGACGAAGACGAUCUCAAAGCUCGCGAACCCACCCUUGCCGAGAGGCAGGCGCAAGCAGCCAAGGAGCGAGAGGAGAAACAAAAGAGAUAUGAGGAGCGCAGGAAAGAAUUGUUCGGCUCCACGACCAGCGGCGCCACGUCUUCAUUCCAACCACAAGGUCAUAACAGGUCAGGGAAGUCUAGUCCGGCGAGCCUGACGCCGCCGGGCUCGAGGUCGGCCACACCAAAUCGUGCUCGGGGAGCCAGGGGUGGACGUCGUGGUGGAGCUGUGGGGGAUCACGCCGCAAAUUCUCGAAAUCAACCACGAGUUGAAUCUCAGCAGCGUGAAUUAUACGAUCCUUCCUACGGCCCGAAACCGGAUUCAAGUUACAUUCAGCGCCGAGAGCGAGAUAGUGGCGGCCCAACGUCUAAUCAUGCUCCAGGACUGCCUCAGGCGCAUGUACAGCAACCUGUUCGAGCCCCAAAAGGACCGGAUGGUAGUGGUCGAGGAGGGUUUGGUUUCGUCAGGACCCUGACUCCCGUGCAAGCCGCAACGCAUAAUGGCGGAAACUUAGAACCCGUCAAUGCUGAAGCCUCAUUCCCUAAUGGAACCCGCGUCAUGUCCUGA